AUGGAGCCCCCCAUAAACUUGCCUUUACAAAAGACCUUCAGACGCAUCUGUGCAUGCAGCAGCGACACAGCAGCAGCAGCAGCAGCAGCAGCAGCAGCAGCAGCAGCAGCAGCAACAGCAGCAGAAGCAGCAGCAGCAGCAGCAGAUGUAAGUCCUUGGCUUAUAUGCUGCACAAAAGAAGGGGAGCUGGAGCCCUCCACUGCAGCAGCAAACGGCUGCUGCUGCAGCUGCGGCAGAAAGAGCUGUUGCUGCUUGCACUUUGCUGCUGAUGUCAGCAGCAGCAGCAGCAACAGCAGCAACACCGCCAACAGCAGCAGCAGCAGCAGCAGCAGCAACAGCAGCAGCAGCAGCAGCAGCAGCAACAAGAAGACAGCAUCUUUCCUCUCCUCUCUCCUCUCCCGGGUGUAUAGGCACCUCACCACAGACCCCCCAAGCAAACCCCAUCAGCAGCAGCAGCAACAGCAGCAGCAGCAGCAUGUACAGCAGCAGCAGCCCCCUGCACAACACCACCACCAACAGCAGCAGCAGCAGGAGCAGCAGCAGCAGCAGCAGCAGCAGCAGCAGGAGAGAAGAAGAAAGUUUUUUUAG